GCGCAGAGCGGGAUGUACUCACCAACCAUCUGCUUGCAUGGCACGGGUUAACUGAUCCUGUGGGAUUGUGCUUACCUAAACAAAACCACUGCAGUGAGGGGAAAAACAAUGAAUGGGUGGAGAUGAUCAGCCCAUGCAUUCCAGCUAGUGCAGUCCAGGCAGCAAUGACAGCCUGAAGGUUGCAGCAGCAUCGGGAUCAGCAUUCCAAGUGCACCAAUCUUACAGUCUGGAGUGAUUUUACGUGGAGCCGUUCUUUAUUUGCUGAGCCAUGGCCAGUAACCAGGCCAGUCUGCAGGAUGAUCAGAGCAGGCACUGCAAGUUCUUAUCCUAUAUGUUCUACCAGGCUGUGAGAGAUCACAAGCCUGUGUGGAUGCUGGAAGACAUGAGAACAAUGGAGUAUUUUUACUGGGAGGAAAAUGCCAGCCUACGAACCUACUCACCUUCAGAAGCCCUUCUCUAUGCAGUGGUGCAUAAUCACCUGCCUUAUGCUCAGUAUCUGCUGUCUCAUUUUCCAGAGGAGGCUCUCAAGGUGCCUGGGGAACACUUCUGCUAUUGCCCAUCCUCUGCUCCUCACUUGGCCAUGGCGGUCACAUAUGACAGGAGAGAUAUCUUGGGACUGAUCAUCAAAAUUGCACACAAGCUGCCCAGCUUGAACUCUUAUAUCAAUAGGGCUGGCUGCUUUCAUCUGGAAGAUGGGAAAACACCCCUGCACCUUGCCUGCGAACUGCUGAGGUCAGAGACGGUCCUCAUCCUCCUAGGGAAUGGAGCAUCUCCCAGGAUAGAGGACAGUAAAGGGCUUACCCCGCUGGACGUCAUCCUGGAGCAGAUGUGGGACUCCAAAGUCAACCUGGCAUCCAAGAAGCUCUGCCUCGACUACCUCUUGCUCUUCAUGCCCAACCCACAGUUUAAGAUGCGGAAAGUUCUGCAGGAGCAUCCAGACCACUGGACAGCUUUGCUGGGAGAAGACAAAUUCAACAGCCUGGUGGGGAACACACCUGCUUCUUUAUAUCUGCAAGCUAUGCAAACUAUUCUUCAGACUCUUCCCCCUUCCCACUUCCCUAAAAGCAUCCAGGAACUACCUAUACCUCAGGCACUAAAGCCCUUACCAUCCUAUGGCAAAAAGCUACCAGCAAAAAAUGUGGUAAAUGUUUUUCCUUGACUUUAUUAAAUGGGUCUUGGAUUUUCCAAGGCAACUUAGAGGAGCUGGUUAUCCACCACCCUCUGCAUUUUAGUGUGAUUUUAGUACUUAACCUAUUAGGCUAUGCUGGAAAAUCCAAUAUUUUGUGACAAGAUUUUAAAUGUCUUUUCUAACUGAUUGCAGGCAGGGCACUUUUAAAGGCAAAAGCCUUCCUUGUUUUCUGUUUUGUUGUGCAUGUGAAGGGUUAACUGUAGUUGAGACUGUGUUAUGUUUGGUUUCUUAGUUGUCAGCUGGUAUCAGUGUAUUUGAAAGCCCAAUAUGAUAACUGUAUCCUGUGCAAUGCACCCAGGUAAAAAGGAACCAAGUACCCAGUGGGAUUUUUAAAUGGUGUCACCACUAGAGCUAGGAGAAAUACCAUCCCCUACCAACAAAGUUCAAACAUCAGGUUUCCUUUCUAAUGCUCAAGCAUCAUUAGUAAUAACCACAAUGUGCAUGGCUCAUGCUGCAGGGAUGCAGAGGCAGUUCCUGAGGAUAAUUGAUCCCACCGAGUUACUUUACAGCAGGUCAUGGUGUGGAGGGCAUGAGUUCAGAGAGAGGCAGUGCAUGUACAUUCCUGGGGGAUGGGAGAUAAAAGAUCCACAGAAUAGCUAAUGGAAAGCAUCCAGUGUCACCUGGGAGUGAAGGGGUUAAAGGCAAUCCUAGCCCUGAUGCCUCUACAGACUUGUGCAAUGGGGAAGGAACCAUUUUCCUUGCUGUCUAGUAAACAAAUGGCUCUUGGAGCAGGGACAGUGGGAGCCGUGUCUUUCAUAAGUGGCAUUAUUUAUUCUUGACUUGUGUUUUGGAACACAUCUCUACAGUAGAUGUAGCUCGCUAACUUGAUUUCCCUGGGGGUCUCAGAGCCAGGCAUUUGUUAGUUAUCCUAAGCUGGGUAUGAUGUUCUGCUGUUAAAAGUUGUUACUUGUUGUCAAUUAGAUUAUUUUUGCGACCCAGGUCCAGACAGAAAUCCUUAUCCUGCAAAUUACAACUGACUGGGCACUGCAGGCAGGGUGAGUUUGCAGAAAGUGGGGCUGGGGCUGGGCAGCCUUCUGGGUAGCUCUGAACCGCGCUGCUCUCCCUGCUCAAGGUGCUGGCCCUGCUCUCUUAGCUGUUCUCAGCAUCAACAGAGCAGUGGCAGAAUCCCAGCUCCCUUUGGGGGACUUCCCUUAUUUUGGACAUCAGUUCUCCCCCUCCUCCUAAGCGCAACCCUCUGAUCUGCUGAAGUAGCAUAACUCAGUUCUCCCAUCUGCACUGGGCAGCAAACCCACUCUCUUCUUCAGCUGGAUUUGGAGCCCAAGGCUGUGGGGCACAAACUGCUUUCCACAGGCAGUAGCUAAGAAAGAUGUGCAGUCAAAUCUCGAUUGCUUUGUGCAAAACCAGCUCAUGUCGCAUCCAGCUAAUUCCCUUACUGUGCCAAGGAGGCCGUGCUGGACCUGCGCUCCUCUUUCCGUCAACGCAGGGAGCACCUCCAUUCAGUUUCCCUCUGCAUGGGCUACCUCCUGUGUGCCAGGACACUGGCAGUGCCAGCCAUGGCCAGGUGGAGUUUUACUGUGAGGCUGCAGAACAUGCCCCUCACAGCCACCUGAGACGCUGGGAUGCUCCUCCCAGCCAUCACUUCCCACAUGCCAUGGGAGAACCUCAGUUCCAGUGCUAGGCCAGGUGAAUGAGCAGCAGGCUUGCUUGUGAGUGGAGAAAAUGCCAGCCCAGCCCUAAAAGUGGCAAGCAGGCCAUGAGGGGGUUAACCCUUCUCCUGAAAUCCCACAUCCCUGGUGCUGCAAUAUCCCUCCACCUCUACCCCUGGGGACUUGAAUGUCCUUCUCCAUCUGUGUCUAUUUCUCCUUGUUUGAUGGGGAAGGCUGCGAACGGGGAAAUGCAGGGUCAGCGUUGGGUGAGGGUUUUGGGGGAAACCUGCUCGCUCGACAGCCUGUGCUGCAGAAAGAGCCUGUCACAUCUUGGGAAGCAAAGCAGAGCCCAAGGCAGAUUUGCAUUAUAAGUGGUGGUGGCUCAGCUGCUUCUGCCAAACCCUCAGGCUCCCCAGCACUGACACAUACUCCUCUGAAAACCCAGAGCCAAAAGCAGAGGACAGAGCAGGCUCUCGCUGCCCAUGUCUGCCUGGAGUGUAGAGCACGGCCCCUGUGACACCCCAGGAGUCCAGAGGAGCAGGAUUGGUUUGUCCCCAAUUGCAGGAGCAGCACAGCAAUACCUCAACCGGAUGCCGGUGGGUGAGAGGCGGAGGA